AUGGAUCCCCAGCAACCCACCAUCUCUCCUGUCUUCGAUCACGACUUCAACAGUCCUGAUGCCGAUCUGAUACUGCGCUCGUGCGAUGGAAUCGAUUUCGCCGUCCAUACCACCAUCUUGCGACUCAUAUCUUCCGUCUUCGGGGAUAUGCUCUCUAUGCCACCGGAGAAGAACGAUGACACGGCCCCUUCUCGACCCACAGUCGAUAUGUCCGAGGACGCGCAGUCUCUCCGCCUUCUUCUCAAGUGCUGUUACCCACGCUCUAGCUGGGACGAGCCUGAAUUGACCGUGCUGCUGGAUAUCAAACGCGCCGCGACCUUCGCGCACAAGUACAACAUCGAGUACCUCAAUAAGAAGGCUUCUAAGGCACUCCUUCGUUACAGCGACGUCUCGCCUUCCCUCGCGUAUGCCGUCUCCUGGCGAUUCGGUUACGCAGAGCCACUGCGUGCCGCGGCGCGCCGCUCACUCGACAUACCGGAUUUUUUCAAGAGCAUUGCCGAUUCUCAGGACACGAUCGAGUUUGAAGAGAUCCCCGCUACCGCCCUCAUGCGUCUAUACCGCUAUCACUGUGCUGUCCGGCCCCGGCUGGAGAGCGCUGUGCUGACCAACUCGCGCGAGCACCCCGUUUCAUGGGUGCUACCCCGCCUCAUAGACGCUCAAUUGCUCCACGGGACCGCAACGGGCAACGAGCCUAUGUGUGCUUGUGCACUCACGGUCGUCUGGAUGUGCGUUGAGGGAUUGGAGAAGGGCUUGGAGUUCUAUGUGUACUCUUGGUGGUGGGAAUACGUGCACGCUGUGAUUGCCAUCAUGCAAAGCGAGCGUCGCCCAGGCAUCGACACGGCUCUCGAGGAGCCUCUAUUUGAAUGCAUGCGGUCUGCGCUGUCUUGCAACACGUGCAACGGCGGUGCCGUUGCAUCCCGUGUACUCGCGGCAACUCGUGUCACUCUUCGUCGUGCAAUUGAAGACGGUCUUCAUUCGGUGAGUGAUUAG